CAUAAAUCUAACAAGUGUAUAGAAACGAACAGAGGAGAUGCGCAGAAAGAACAAAAAGCUGUCAAUGCAAUUUCGUGUAGAACACAAUAUAAGCAAUAUUAUGGUUUCAGCAUUGCAAAAAGAGGGAAACAAUAGUAUGAUGUGAAUGUUAUAAAUAUUUAAUACUACUCAAACAUGAUUGAUAGAUAUGAAAUUUAGUUGGAAAGAUCAACAACAAUAUAAACGUUACCACCUGUUAGCAUCAACUUUGCAUUAUGUAACAUCAUGGUAUAGAUACAACCAAGAAUUAUCUGUUGAUGAAUGAAGCUUAAGAUUCGUGACAGUCUCCGCCUCCCACCGACUAUCACCGGGAAACUCGACACUGUUGUUGACAGAUGAAGUAACAUUCAUGAUCAUUUUAAGAGGAUUCUGCGACUGAUUUCAAGAUUUAUUUAGAUAAAAUUGUUCCAUUGUCUAAUUUGUUCAAAUGAUGAGCUCACCAGUGUCCAUAAACAACACUGGUACCACAGCUGGUGCUAUUGGUAUGGAAACAGUGGUAGCAGUAGCACUUGGUGCACUUGCUGCUAUUUUUCUUGGAGCACUUUUAGUUUUACUUGUAAUUUGUAAACGACAACGAUGUUAUUAUAAUCAAAAAGAUUCUCCAGACUUGAGCUCAGAUUUAUUAGAAGGAGAGAAAUUUUCUGGCUUAGGUUUAGAUGUGUGGGAAAGUGAUGAAUGGCUGGCUGGUGCUGAAAGGUGGGUUGACGAUGCAACUGGUUUAGCUCCACUGUGUAUUGCUGUGUUAAGAUCUUGUCAUGCUUUAGCUUCAAGUCUUACUGCUAUUGCAGGAACAGUAAACAGUAACACUGUCCCAUUGGAAAUAGUUGAUGUUGCUAGACGUAUUCCACCACGUGUGGAUGAUGUGGUCAGAAGUUUAUAUCCUCCAUUAGAUGCAAGACUUCUAGAAGCCAGAGUAGCAGCUUUAGUAUUAGCUGUUACUCAUUUGGCUCUUGUAACCAAGCAUGGAGUAUCAAAAAGUCAUGCUAGAAAAUUAGCAUUUAUUGAUCAGGCUCUAAGCGAUAUGGAUUCUCAUCUCGCAAUUUUGAGAAAUGCCGCAUUAGCGCAAGAAAUUGCUUGCGCGGUUCCAGCGUCGACACCUGUCUGAAUACAUGACAUUUCUUCCUCAGUUUUGGAUCUUUACACUAGGUUUCAUUCAGAUUUAUAUGAAAUUAAAGGUAUACAUAGUAUUAUGUAUCUUUUUUAUUACGUGAAGGUCCAAAACCCAACAGUGCAACUUCGUUUUCUACUGACAAUAUUUUGUGUUUUACAUGUUAUGCAAUCAUAAUUGUUACAAAAAUGCGUACAUUAUGUUCGUGACGUAUUAAAAAAUAUCGUAGGAUAUAUAUUUAUAUAUGUUCAAAUAUUUUCACGAUAAAGAACACCAGAGACAUUUUGUGAUAUGGAUAUACGCGAUCUUUUAGUCUUCCUUUAAUACUAGAUCAGAGUAUUUUUAUAUAUACCUGAGAUGAAAAUUAUAUUUCGAGAAUGAUGUCAUUUUGUCAACUAUAUUAGGUAUUUAUAACUGUUUAUACACAUAUAUUUUUUAUAUCUACGAGAAUCAAAUUAAUUUAUAGAUAAA